UUGUAUUAUUUUUCCUCGCUAUUUCAUUGAAAGAGUUGAAGUAUUAGAGCUGUAGGUAUUACCGUUUAUUCUAUUCCAUGUAUCACUAAAGACUUGGCAAUCUUAUUUGUUGUCAAUUAGUUUUUCAAGACCUAAACAAACUUGAUACUUAUUCGGCCCUCGGUAGAGCUGCUUGAACAUGGUUGUUUGUUGCAAAGUGAUAUUUGAUUUUAUGUUCCCUAGCAUGCUGCAGAGUUAGGUUAUGACUUUUGUACGACUACAUGUUAACUCAAUCAAAUGUCACAUAAUAUAUCUGGUUUUGGUUGAAGAAUCUUGAUUGUUGUCUAUUGUGAAAUAACAUUUAAUGUCACGUUAUUUCAAUCACUGUAACAAGUUACACUUGUUUCCUAAGAACUUUGAAAUCAAAGUAGAAAUCAAGGUGGUCUACUAAUACUGGUGAUGAUCACACAAAUAACAUAACUUAGCUACCACUUCUUCUUUUUUCCAAUUUGUAAAACUGGUGGAAUUUGACGUUUUUAUAUUUACACUCUACUUGUUUUUGAUCCAUUAAAUUUCGUUCUUCACUUCACCUUAUAUGAUAUGAUCAGCAGUUUAAGUUUAGUUGUUUUUACUUUUGUUUAAUCUACAACUCUCUUCUUGCUGUAGUUUUGUUUUCUUACUUUAUAGGAAAACCCUCAAAGUGGAUGUAUAUGCUUCCCACCCAAACCACUAGUAAUCUACUUGAUUACAGAAAAUUUCAUGUGAACAGAGCUACUGAGGAAAUAAAAUUGAAUUGAAUCAGUUUGUAUUUGAUAUCAGUGGAUGUAUACUGAGGGCGUACUGCCUGUGUUUUGUUGUUGCUGUUCAGUUUACUAAUUUUGGCUUGACUUUUGUUUACUCUAGAUGCAUUUAAGGUCGUCUAUGUUUGUUUGUUUUUUCUUAUAUGGAAGAAGGAAUUAUCAGUUUAUCAGGUAUUCUUCGCAUUAGAGGUGCAUUAUUUUGUGUUUAUUUAACAAUGGCAUAGUCACACAGGUACAAGGGUGUGAUGUUAUGUCUUAGGAAAAUGAAAUGGCUAUAUCCAGUCCUAUAAUAAAUAAGAUGACAGCCAUUUUUGUUUUUCAUGUCAUUCAUGUCUUUCUUCUAUUUUUUAAAGCUUUAGAAAACCAAGUUGCAAAAGCACUAAAGGUUGACAGCCAGUGGACCUGACGAGUGCCGGUGUUUUCGCCUUGUCGGCACAGGGAUAUUCUGAAAAGACAGUUCGUUGUACUGUCGUUGUCGCACAGACUUGUGCAUUUAUAUGUUUCAGAACUUUUGAUUGACACAACCACUUUCUCGUGUUCUUAACUGUGCAGAAUAUUCAUAUGGGUCAUUUUGCUGUGCGAAAAGCUAAAACAUCACCAAAGGAUGUGCUGAAUUAAGAUGUGCUGAAUUUUAAUUAUGCUAGGAGCAGAUGAUGUAGUUGUUUUGCGAUUUCUUAAAUUGUACCUUUGUUCAUAAAUAUAUCUUCCCUCAAAGUUUCAUUAGGUUUCCCUUCAGUUGACAAUGUAAUUUAAUCUUUGUUUUCAGAGGACAUCUUAGAUCACCUUGGUCCUUGAGGAUAAGAAAACCACCCCUUCUGCCUCAACAGUGGAAAACCUAUAUGGCCCAGAUGGAAAACCCUGUGAUGGUGGAGUCGAGUCUUUGAAAAAAAUUAGCAGGUGGUUUGAGUUUUUUCAGUUCAUCCAUACAGUACAGUUACCGAUAUUCUUAAAGUUUACAUUACAUGAAGCUUCCUUGAUGGAGGCCUAUCUGCUUCCGAUACUUGUUGCUCCUAGCUCUCACUUCUCCUUGCAGAAAGCAGUUUGAGAAGUUGAGGAAACAGUUGAAACAUGCAUCUUUUGAAGCGCAUUGUUGAUGAGCGUGUUAAACAGAAUGGAGUUGCGGUAGCCGACAAGGCGACAACGAUGGUGACAGUGAGAGUGUUGUCGAAGAUUCAGAUUCAGCUGCUCAAAUGUUAGUGAUUGCCGAAGAGUCUUCCUCGACUGUUACGAGAGAGCCCAGAAUGUGAGGACUCAAAUGAUGAACACGUUCCUGAUUGAUUUCCUGUAGAACCACCUGGAACCCUGUAGAGUCUUUUCAUGCAGGACGCAUAGUUGUGAUGCAGUAAUGGUGAUGAGAUGUUGGAUAUUGUCCGCCAAUGAGUGACUUUUUGAUCACCUGUGGUUGUGAUGGUGGUUAUUAGGUUGUUUUUUUUUGUUUGUUUGUGGUUUUGUGGGAUUCGUGAAGAACAACUUCAGGCUGGACGGAGUGGGGAUUCAGAAGAUGGUUAAACACUGUUGGCCAGAUUAUCAAGUUCAAAGACCCUCCCAUGUCUACUGAAGGCAUCUGGAGAAGAAGAUGCAGAGGCUGGUGUUGGUUCCUUCAUAGACAAGAGGUUAGAUUUGAGCAAGCAAUAUGUGUAUUUGGGGUGUGAUGCGGUCAGUAGACCAGGCAGCUACCAGGGCUAGGAUCGAGAAAGUUGCUCAGUGGGGCAUGUGUGCUGCAGCAUAUAGGAUGGAAUGUAAUAAUAAAAGACAGAGAGAAUUGAAACAUGAAUCCAUGUCUGGUUUACACAGAGCUUGUAUGACUUUUGUAAAAGGGUGCUUCCUGCCAGUGAGCUGUGAAGCAAGUGAAUGUUGUACAAAUAAUUCUUUUCGGUUCAGUUUUUCAAUUUAUGUUUUUGAUUUAGGGUAUUACUCGUUUCAAUUUAUUUUUUUUCACUUUCCUUUUCCUUGUUGAGCUGCUGCAAUUUUUCGUUUCAGUUUUGAAGUGCAUCUUAAAAGACAUUACUGAUUUCUUUUUUGAUUAGGGCCUCUCAGAAAAGAAUACAGGAAUUUUGGUGGAAAUUUUCUUUCUUUCUUCAGCUGGUUUCAAUUCUCCCAGCUGACAAUAUUGGUCUCCAACUCCCAGCAGGGCCUCUCAGAAAAGAAUACAUGAAUUUUGGUGGAAAUUUGAGCUGGUUUCCAGGAAGCAACUAGCAGCUAGCAGCUAGCUCCAUCAAUAAUUAUUUAUUUUAAGUUAUGGUGGUGAUGAAUAUCACACAACCCCCGCAAACUGGUUGUGGUGGUGAGGAUAUAAGCACCACAACUACUAUGACAGCGAUUGAGAUGAAGCGGAAAAGAGCAUAUAAAAGAAAAGACUGGUGGUGGUGAUACAACAAAUACGUCAACAGCGAUGAAGGAAAGAAAAGAUUGUGGUGAUGCAAAUACUUCUACAGUGACAGAGAAGAAUAAAAGACCUUAUAAAAGAAAAGAUUGUGGUGAUACAAAUACUUCCACAGUCAUGAAGAAGAAGAAACGAGCAUAUACUAGAAAAGAUUGUAUUGGUAUAAAUACUCCGACAGUGAUGGAGAAGAAGAAAAGACCAUAUAGAAGAAAGAAGCACCUUCCUCGUGAUUUAGUCAUGAAAGAAAUUUUAACCAAGCUUCCAGUCCCGACACUCCUAACGUCUGUUCUGGUAUCCAAACUCUGGUAUAACUCUAUUCACAAUGAUCACAAACGCUUAACUUAUUCUCAUUUCCUUCAAUCGCAGAAACAGCCCAAUGUUAUCCUUAGUCUUUUAAAUGUUAGGGAUUGUGAUGUGGUUGUUAAAAAGACAGGUGAGCCUAGGUAUGGGUCUUACUUUUUCAAAUUUGCUGCUGGAAUGUACGAUCGUGAAAAUGAAAAUGCUCUACAGUUUGACAAGUUUCGAGGUGGUAAUGUUGGUCGUGGUAUAUGUGAAAUGGUCGGUUACUGUCGUGGUCUACCUUGUAUAGCUGCAGCAGAUGAACACUCGACUGAUUACAUAAUUUUGGACCCAAACAGGAAAGACUUUCUCCAUAUCUUUUCAGACUUCUUCGGGGCCGGUGCCUGCAUCAUCUGUCACGGAUUUGGUUUCGAUCACUCAACUAAUGUGUACAAGUUGGUAAGCAUUUUUCGUACUAUUGAAAAGGAGCUUAACAUUAUGGUAUUUACAUUGGGAACUAAAUCAUGGAGAAAUGUCACUGCUACAACCACGCCCAUAUCAGGUCGUCCUAUCACAAAGAUAAGAGCGCCCACGGGUAGCGACAAAUCAGCCAUCUUCUGCAACACUAGUAGUAGCAGGGGCAGUGGAUGUUUGGUUUGGAAGAUAAUAACAACUCCGGGGGGAGCAGGAUCUGACAAUAUCCAGCAUGAUAACAGUAAUGCUGUUAAUGAUAGUGAGAUGGAGAUGCUACUGCCGUUCACUCUCCAUGAUGAGAAGUUUCAGUUCAUUCAACUACCAGCUAAAAGUACAACUGACGAGCAGCAGAAGCACUUGCAUGUUGAUUAUCCUCAUCUUCUGGAGUUCAAGGGAUCUCCUUGUAUUGCUCGUGUCGAAAAAAUAUCAGGGAAUGGAAGUGAUUAUCCUCAUCGUUGCUGUGAUGAUCAUCAGGGUAGUAGUAGUAGAAGUUGCUGCUGUUGUUGUAAAGUUCAUUUGUACAUAUUGAAGGAUAAAGUCAAGCAAGUUUGGGUUAAGGAAGAGAGUUUUGAUGUUCGUGUGACUUCUUCUCCCGAAUGGUCAAGGAAGCAGGCACCAGAUCCCUGCUGUUUUUGUUUCGGCAGUACUACUACUGCGCCUCCUACUCGCAUCUUCAGUUUCUCAGAUCAGAUAUUACUUUACUGGUUCAAAGGGAAAUCUCUCCAAAUUUACAACUUGCGGUCUGAAAAACUUCAGCAUGUUGUUCCUUAUAAUUACAGAGAGCAUGUUCUCUUUGGAGAUAAGAUGAAAGAACCACGUCACAUCUUUAUUUCGGGUGAUGAUGAUAUUUAUUGCUCCAAUAUGGAUUAUCAGCUGCACUGUCAUGAGGAGAACUUCCUUUCUCUGCAAACCUUCAUACUCGAAGGAGUGGAAGGGGUUGAUGCUGAUGAUUUCUACAAGUUAGAUUUGGAGAAAUCGUCGGCAUACAUAUUUAUCUACAGAGGCUCCAAAGUGUGUUAUCCUCUUUUUAGUUAGUACACACAUGUACCAACUUUAGUAUCAUGGCAACUGUCUUCAGUUUACUAGAUAAUUAAGUUUUCUCGGAUCAGAUGUGUGACGUAACUGGUUCAACUGGGAUUUAUCAAGUUAACAACUUGCAAUCUGAAAAACUUCUGCGAUCUGAAAAAUUUCAGCUUGUGCUGCCUUUUAAUCUUAAAGAGGUUGUUGUCUUUCGAGCUAAGGACCGCUGCACAUUUUUAAUUCUGGUGAUGAUGAUACUCAUUGCUCCAAUAUGAGAACUUGGUGAUGAUGAUACUCAUUGCUCCAAUAUGAGAACUUCCUUUCUCUGCAAACCUUCAUUCCAGUAGGAGAGCGGCUGGAGUCUAAUGUUUUCAAUGAAUUAGAUUUGAAGUGAGAUGACCGUCCAUGUUCGGCAUAUAUGUUUAUCUACAGAGUUUCACAAGUUUUUAUCCUUCUAAUCAUGUACUAACUUAUUAUCUUGGUAACUGUCAUCAGUUUAAUAAAGUUUUAGAGUU